CUAAUUUUCGGUUCUUAUGUUCGGGUGCAAUUUUAGUUCUAUCAGAUCGGAUUUUCAAAUCCAAUUUAAGUUUUUGCGUCAGAUCACAUUUGAACAGGUGGAAACUGUAUUUGUUAAAGCUUUCAUCUUUGAGUGUGUAGGACAAAUGUUGAUACAAUAAUUAAAAGAAAAAUAAAAGACCAGGAAAUAACAAACACUCAUCCCCUUUCUUUCUCUCUCUCUUCAAAGUCCUUUCUCUUUCUCUGUCCUAUAUUUUUGAUCUAAACCGCUGAAUUUUUUGCGCCGUUAAAAUCACCCCUUUUUUGUCUGUAAAUCUCUUCAUUUGAUGGAUGAAUGAGUGAUUGAAGUAAAUAGGCACUUGGAAUAAAUGGCUUCUGUAGGCGUGGCGCCUACUUGUGGUAUUACCGACUCUACUAGCCAUGGUGUUGAUAGGCUUCCUGAGGAAAUGAAUGAUAUGAAAAUCAGAGAUGAGAAGGACAUGGAGACAGCAGUUGUUGAUGGUAAUGGCGCUGAAACUGGGCAUAUUAUAGUGACAACAAUUGGCGGAAAGAACGGCCAGCCUAAGCAGACCAUUAGCUACAUGACAGAGCGUGUUGUUGGACAUGGUUCUUUCGGAGUCGUGUUUCAGGCAAAGUGCUUAGAGACAGGGGAAACUGUGGCUAUAAAGAAGGUUCUUCAAGACAAGAGGUACAAAAAUCGUGAACUGCAGACAAUGCGUCUCCUUGACCAUCCGAAUGUAGUGUCGUUGAAACAUUGUUUCUUUUCAUCCAUGGAUAAAGAUGAACUCUACCUCAAUUUGGUGCUAGAAUAUGUCCCUGAAACAGUCCACCGGGUGAUUAAGCACUAUAAUAAAAUGAACCAAAGAAUGCCCCUGAUUUAUGUAAAAUUAUACUCAUACCAGAUUUUCAGAGCCUUGUCGUACAUCCAUCGUAGUAUUGGUGUUUGUCAUCGUGACAUCAAGCCUCAAAAUCUCCUAGUAAAUCCUCAUACUCACCAGCUCAAACUUUGUGACUUUGGAAGUGCCAAAGUUUUGGUGAAAGGAGAGCCUAAUAUAUCAUACAUCUGCUCAAGAUACUAUAGAGCACCAGAGCUAAUAUUUGGUGCAACAGAAUAUACCACCGCUAUAGACAUCUGGUCUGCCGGCUGUGUGCUUGCAGAGCUGCUUCUUGGACAGCCCCUAUUUCCUGGUGAGAGUGGAGUUGAUCAACUUGUAGAGAUAAUAAAGGUCUUGGGCACACCAACAAGAGAAGAAAUCAAAUGUAUGAACCCUAAUUACACCGAAUUCAAAUUCCCUCAAAUUAAAGCGCAUCCAUGGCACAAGAUAUUCCACAAACGAAUGCCUCCUGAGGCUGUUGAUCUUGUUUCUAGAUUACUGCAGUACUCUCCUAACCUACGAUGCUCAGCUUUGGAUGCCUUGACUCAUCCCUUUUUUGACGAGCUAAGAGAUCACAACACACGCUUACCAAAUGGACGCUUCCUUCCACCACUGUUUAAUUUCAAGCCCCACGAGUUGAAAGGGGUGCCUGCAGAAACAAUUGUCAGAUUGAUCCCCGAACACGAGAGGAAGCAAUGCCCGUUUCUUGGGCUCUGAAAUCAAAUAUGACGGUCAGAUUAUGAGAAUUAAGAAAAGGAUUACCGUUAUGGAAGAUUUCGGUUUGUUAAUCUACGAGUAUCUAUGCCUUUUACUCCUUUUACAUAUAUCCUAGUAUAUUUUCCCCCUUCAAUCCUAUGUGGUUUCUAUAUCUAACUGGUUGUAACUUAUCAUAAAAAUAAUAGCAAAUCUUUAUCCGAAUUCCGAGUUAUGUUUUCGUUAUCGUUGAUUAUGAACAUUGUCUAAUUGUUGCCUCCCGAUUUAAUGUAAUGUAUUGGAAACAAAUGUACCGAAUGAUUUGAUAAAAAAACUGUGAUGUAUUGAUUUGUUGUUACAAGAACCAAAAGAUGUAUCAUGGUAGUGUGUUGAGGCUCUCA